UAUCCACACACACCACCCACACCCACACAUAUGUGUAUGUACGUGCGUGUUUUCUGUACCUAUAUCGUAUUUGUCAUAAUUGUGAGUUACUAGAAACGUUUUAUGCUAGUGAACGCCGAUGUUGUAUGCAAUUCGUGAUGUGCAUCUCAACCGCACGGUCGUUUCUUUAUGUGUGACUCGAUGGACUUCUGCGGACUUCUGUGUCUCACUCCACGAAGGAAUCACUCUCUUCGCGUUUCCCUUUCUUUUUUCUUUCUUUUUUUCUCUCUCUCCUCCUUUUUUUUCAACGAAUCGGGACCAUUUUUCGGCCGAAAGAGAAACCUCUCUUUUUUGCGUCCUUGCAUGCGAGCAACAUUUUGCGCGAUGUGACACGCCCGCCUUUGGAGUCGUGCAAGCUAGGCAAGUGAGGAGGAGGACGUGCAACCCCUGAGCUGCAUGUCGCAUCCCUUUAUCCACCGGAAAUGUAUCGCGCGAUACGUUUCAAAACGUUCUCCACUCGCGCCCUCCUCUCUUUCUCUCUUUCUCUAUCUCAUUCAGCAUGGAACGCACUACGAAUGCCCCCCCCCCUCUCCCCCCCUCUCCACAUUGUUCGAUCACUAGCUGCCUCGAAAAAAGGCGCGUCGAUUUUAUCAGGAAUGCAAUCUCUCCCCUGCUUAGCAAGAUGCAUCGUUGGACUCGUCGCGCGUCCUGCAACGCGCUGGUCCGACGAUAGAGAAUCUCACGUCAAUCUUCAUCGUCACGACGUAUCCUUGUGACGCGGGACGACGAGGAGAAAAGAAAAAGAAAAGAAAAUUAAAAAAAAUAAAUAAAAAAAAAAGGGAAUCGCGCGAUUACAUCCGAUUUGGAUGUAAAAGCAAGGUGAAUUAGAGCGACGAUUAGAGGCUUAAAAGACGAGUACGUGACAGUACGUACUCGACGACGAUCGCAGCAAUGAAAGGUUCAUGGCAUGCAUCCGGCGUUAGUCCGCAGCCGCAAGCUGCAAGAGCAUGGCCAGAGUCUAUAUAAAAGAUAUGCAUGAAGCAUGUUCGUUCCGUUUGUUCGUUCGCCCGUUCGCUCGCUCGCUCGCUCGCUCGCUCGAUCGUUAUUGUACGUUAUGGAAUACUCACGUGCGCAUUCAUAGCGAGUACCCCACCUCAGUAGUAGCCGAUCUGUAAUGGCACAAAGCAAGCAAAUGAGCUAAAAAGAAAAAAAAAAAAAAAAAAAGGAGAACGAAAGAGCCUUUAGAGCUACCAAGAAACGUCUUGUGUGUGUGUGUGUGUGUGCCUCGUAAUUCCAGUAAAGAUGAAUCCGGUACUCGCCUUCGAGUAUCUGUUCUUCGCCGUCUUCGGCCAAACGACCCACGGCGAGUUGAAGGUAGAGGUCAAUCAGCCGCAGUGGACCUCGGUCCUCUUCAAGUUGACCUUCGGCGUGUACAUGUUGGUCUCGGUAGUGGUGUUGAUUAAUCUGCUGAUCGCCAUGAUGAGCGACACUUAUCAACGGAUACAGGCGCAGUCGGACAUUGAAUGGAAAUAUGGGCUCAGUAAACUGAUCCGAAACAUGCACAGAACUACCACAGCUCCGUCCCCGCUAAACUUGCUCACCACCUGGACCGUGUACUUCAUCAAGCUGUGCAGGCAGCGCAAAGCUAAACGCAAGCGGCCCUCGCUGGUGCACAUGAUGGGGCUGCAGCAUGCCAGCCGUUUAUCACCCAGGUCGAAGAUGGGCGCGAAAUGGUUGGCCAAGGUUAAGAAGGGUCAGGUCCGCCCGAAGGAUAGUAUGACCCUCUCCGUGGUACACCUCAGUCCGCUGGGCAGUCAGCUGUCCUUCAAUAGCGCGACUAGAAUAGAGAACGUAGUGGACUGGGACUCGAUCAGAAAGAAGUAUCUUGCCCUGACCGGGAACGAGCCCGAGAAGGAAGAAGCGGAGAAGGAGGAGAAGGGCGACGAGGGCGAAAACGAGGACGAUAACGGACCGACGGCAUCCAACGCCUCGACGGUACCGGCGACAGUUUCCAAUCCGCCCACGUAAAAGAUCGCCGUCGCCUCUUGCUACCAUUCGGCCGAUUUGCCGAAUGCGAGUCAGCGCGAAAAGCAGCGCGAGCAAACGAGCGACUCUAGACACAGCCGUCGCGCAAUCGCGCUCCGUAUUGUUUACUAGAAACACUUGGUGACACGUGCGCUAAAAAAAAAAAAAAAAAAAAGAA